UUUUCUCCUUUUUUUAAAAAUAGAUUUGGACUGAGCAACAAAUUUGAAUCAGAAUUCCCUUCUUCAUUAACUGGAAAAGUAGCUCCUGAAGAAUUUAAAGCCAGCAUCAACAGAGUUAACAGUUGUCUUAAGAAGAACCUUCCUGUUAAUGUACGUUGGCUACUUUGUGGCUGCCUUUGUUGCUGCUGCACAUUAGGUUGCAGUAUGUGGCCAGUUAUUUGCCUCAGUAAAAGAACACGAAGAUCGAUUGAGAAGUUAUUAGAAUGGGAAAACAAUAGGUUAUACCACAAGCUGUGCUUGCACUGGAGACUGAGCAAAAGGAAAUGUGAAACGAAUAACAUGAUGGAAUAUGUCAUCCUCAUAGAAUUUUUACCAAAGACACCGAUUUUUCGACCAGAUUAGCAUUUACUUUAUUUAUAGAGACUUUCCAAGUAUGUUGUCUUUCCAAUGGUGCCUUGCUUGGUGCUCUCCUGGUGGUGACAUAACAUUGGUUCUACAGAAUUGUGUGGUGUUCUUUUCUGUUUUUGUUUUUUUUAAAUAACCGCAUGUUCUAAGUGUGCAUUUUUGUCAAACUUUGCAAAUUAUUUCAUACAGAUGUUUAAUACUUAAGUUAUUGUGCUCUUUUCUGUUAUGUAUUCUGAUUUUCAAGGAUUACUUUUUUUGUAUUAUCGAAAAAAUACAUUUGAAAUUAGCAUAAAAAGUGGCCAGCCUUUUUUAUUUUAUCACCAAGGUACACACAGUCCUUUAUUUAUUAAUUCCAUAAUAUAGAAGAACACUUUUGUAAGGCUCUACUUACCUAUUCUAGCAAGCACACUCUUUGUAUUAUUUUUCUUCCUUUUAAAAUUUAAAACCGUUAUUAUUUUAAAAUAGUAAGUUUUCUUUAAUAGCUUUUUGGAACCUAACAUAUCCUUUCCCGUACAAUUCCUAAUGCUCUGUUUACAGCAGAAAUAUCUGUAACAUUAUGAAGACCUAUCAAAAAUUUUUGACAGUAUUUCUGUCUUCAGAGGUAGUAAGGCAGGAUUAAAUUAUUUUUAUUAGAAUAGACAAAUAAUGAAUGGUAUGCAUGCACCUAAUGGUUACUAGAGCUCAGGAUCACAAAAUAUAGUAGCAUUACAAUCUGUGUAUAUUUUUGAUCAAGAUGAUAAUAAUGGCCUUACUUGCAUUAUUUUUUAUUGUUUAUCAAAUCUUAUAUAGCAAAGUAUGGAAAUACUCCUUUUAAAAAUUUCUAAGGAAAAUAUUUCUCCCAGUCUAACAUAAUUGUAGAAUGGAUGUAUGUUUCUGAAAGGUUUUUGAAAGAAAGCAAAAGUUGUAGAAUUAAAAGUAAGCUGGUGUUUAAUACCCCAUUGAUAUUUAGAAGAGAUUAUUACUAAGAAAUGGAGGACGUAUUUAGUACUGUUUUUAUCCAGUAGUUCGCUUUCAGUCCAGUUAUGUAUACUUUUUUGAUUGAAAAUGUGACAUAUAAGUUUAAUCAGAUUAGCUUGUUUCUUUUAAAUAUAUACAAACAUACAUACUUUUUCCUUCCUUUUGUUGUACAUAUCUCCAUGCAUUUUAAAACUUUCUAAAUUUCUGAAUGGCCUAUGUGUAAAUUUUUGUUUUUAUAGACCUGAAAUUAUAAAAGUUUUAAUGUGUGUCAAGAACUUGUUCCAUACAACUGUGGUAUCUAGCAAUAAUGUGAAUAACUUUUGAAAUUAUAUAAACUAUGCUUACUAAUUUGUAUUAAGAAUUGGUACCACUAUACAGUAUCUUUUCUCCUUGUAUUAAAUCUUUUAAAUACCAGUUUCAUUAAUUUA